GAGAUCUCUGUAGGAGAAAGUCGACGACUUUACGCCAAUCUCUAGUAUCUUCCUCCAUAACUCGUCAGAAGCACCCUCUUCUCUAUCGUCGUCGUCGUCUUCCUCCGGAGCCGAAAAUGGCAUAGCGAUAUAUCAAAUAUUCCCCACGAGUAUUGAUAAUAAUGGAGUCUAGUAGUAUCCUGGAUUCGCUUGGAGUUGAGAUAAUCGGCGUGAUGGCUCCCGUCUCCAUCUGCAUGUUCCUCGUCGUCCUUCUCACCUACUCUCUCUCUGUCACCUCCGACUCUCAGAUCCGUACCGCCGCAAACCUCAUAUACAUCGAGAAUCCCUCUGACUCCGCCACCGUCAAGCUCGAAGGUAGCCUCGCCAACGCCAUCGUCUUCGUCGUCCUCGUUGCCGCCGUCACUUUCGUACUUGUUCUCCUCUUCUACUACAACUUCACCAAUUUCCUCAAGCAUUACAUGCGCUUCUCCGCCUUCUUCGUCUUGGGUACAAUGGGUGGAGCAAUUUUCCUGUCGAUUAUCCAGCAUUUCUCAAUUCCUGUUGAUUCCAUCACCUGCUUCAUAUUGCUUUUCAAUUUCACGAUCUUGGGGACUUUGUCUGUGUUUUCUGGUGGGAUACCAAUUGUGCUAAGGCAGUGUUAUAUGGUUGUUAUGGGGAUAGUUGUUGCAGCUUGGUUCACUAAGUUGCCUGAGUGGACUACAUGGUUUAUACUGGUGGCUUUAGCUUUGUAUGAUUUGGUUGCUGUUUUAGCGCCUGGUGGUCCACUUAAGCUCUUGGUGGAGCUGGCUUCAAGCCGCGACGAGGAACUCCCUGCCAUGGUUUAUGAAGCUAGGCCGACUGUCUCAGGCCACCAAGGGAGAAACCGUGGCUCGAGUUUAAGGGUUUUGGUUGGUGGUGGUGGGGUUUCAGAUUCUGGAUCAGUAGAGCUGCAAGCAGUUGGGAAUCAUGUUGCAAAUCAACAAGGAAGAGGAAAUUCUCAUAACCUGGAUUAUAAUGCUGUUGCUGUGAGGGAUAUAGAUAGUGUAGAUGGUGAUGGUAAUGGAAACGGAGACGGUGUUUCAAGGUCACCUCACGAAAGACACUUUGCAUCUGCAGUAUCCUCAGAGCACUCAACCGAAGUUAGAGUCAGAGGAAAUAAUGAAAUCAGAGAAACGGAAACUGAUGAAGAAAUGUCUCCUCUGGUUGAGUUGAUGGGCUGGGGGGAUAAUAAUAGGGAAGAAGCGAGAGGUUUGGAGGAGUCGGAUAACAACGUGGACAGUUUAAACAGAGGAAUCAAACUUGGUCUUGGAGACUUUAUCUUCUACAGUGUUCUUGUUGGUAGGGCAGCAAUGUAUGAUCUGAUGACAGUGUAUGCGUGUUACCUUGCCAUCAUCUCGGGACUUGGGUGCACUCUUAUAUUGUUGUCCGUGUACAACCGAGCUCUGCCAGCACUUCCCAUAUCAAUCAUGUUGGGUGUUGUCUUUUACUUCUUGACACGAUUGUUGAUGGAGCCUUUCGUUGUCGGGAUGACAACAAACUUGAUGAUGUUCUGAUCACAAACAUUCUAGCGGAAGAUAGUGUGUCUUGUUUGCUUGACUGAGAGAUGCUGAACAUGAUGUAUCCAUGUAUUGCACCCUUGUGCUGUUUUAGUUGAAGCAAAUAUUUUGUUAGUGUUGAGCGAUAUUCUGUGGGAAAAUCUGCUAAUGUAACCCAACAGGUAGUUGAUUUCGGUUUGUAAAUGUUUAGUCUCUGAUGUGGAUCAUUUUAGCAUAAUGGUUGUAGACAUUUCAGGUUUGAUUGAAAACUUUAGGAUGAUUGAUCUAUGCUUUUGGGUUUGAGGUGGUUUGGUGGAAUAUAAUGAA